GAUACCACCACUGGGCAUUGCCAGAUGCCCACUUUAUUAAGUUCUCUGAGCAUCCUUGGUUCCCAUUGUCUCCUCCUUCUACCCCAUACAAUUCUACCUACCCCUUUCUUGCCCCUCCUUCCUCAUUCAGCUAGACGAAUAACAGAAACUCCCAGGAAACAAAUAGAGUUUCACUUCUCAGCCCUGUAACCAGCUGGAUUCUUUCUCUGCAGGACCAACUUGCCAGAGGAACUGAAGAGAGUACCCCAGAUCUGAGAUGGAUUCUUUCUUUCUGCUGCUCCUCGGCCUGGGUUUGGUUCUUGCAGGAGCUCCAGAAAGCAUAAUGGAGAUAAUUAACGAAGAACUUUCGGGGGAAGAGAUGUACUAUGAUGUGGCAAACAGGGACCAAGAAAAACGGACUAGUGAGAUAUUAAUGAACUUGACUCUGUUACAUAAAAAUACUAGUGCCAGUAUGUCCAAGGAUAGUCUGUCUUCCUCGUUAUUGACAUUCAGAAGAUUACAUUAUAGCUUCCCCGGAGGAGACAGCCCAGGUAACGACAAAGAGUAUUGCAAUGACGUGGUGGUCUGGAGAAAAGUUUCCGAAGCUAAUGGGUCAUGCAGGUUGAGCAAUAACUUCAUCCAUGGCUCCAUGGAAGUGAUGCACGGGGUCCCCAAGGCCUCCAGCUGCAAGUGUGGACAGAAUCUUGGCAUCAACUGCUCUAGGAGCCCACGUCUGGAGACCACUAUGUGCCAGCUUACUAUGGACAAACAGUUCGCCAGGUGCCAAUACCACAGCAAUACCUCAUUAAAGAAAAUAUUGGCAAUGCUGACAGGUCAUUCUCUGAUGAGCUGGUUAGUUAGUGGCUCCAAGUUGUAAAUCCCACAGAGCUUUGAGACCGGAGUCUCUCUAAAGAAAGACAUCCUUAUUCUCAUUAUUGUUUAUUUCCUUCUAUUAUCCGUAUCUACCAUUUCAGCAAUAUAGCAAACUCUUGGUUAUCUAUACUAACUGGAGGAAUGAAAAAUGCAAAAUUGUGAAUUCAAUUAAAAUUUAUAAC